UAAGGUUGGCUUUUACCGUUUUGCUCCUUUCUAGCCAGCUGCCCCCAUUCCUUUUCCCCCCCCUCCAACAUAUUUGCCCCCCCCAUUUUUUAUUUUUGGUUUUUUGGUUUUGUUUUCUUUCUUUUCUUCUCCCUACACUACACAACUCCAUACAUUGACUUCCAUACAUUCACUUCCACUCACUCACUACAUUACACAUACAACAUGGCCUCAUUCAACAGACCCUACACACGUCCUCUCACACAACCUCCAGAUCCCCUCACCCGACAACAAUCCAAACACUACUUCAAACUGAUUCAAGUCACUCACCACCAACACAUAAUUUCACAUGCACUUCAGACAGGCCUCUUCCCCACAGGUAUGACCAGACAAGUAGCCAAACUUACACAAUUCAUUAAACCAGCACUACCCACUCAACAUACACGCACACUACUCAACCAGAACACAUCAGACUGGAUGCAACACAACAUGGACAUCCUUCUGGAACACUAUAACACACAACUUACACUACUGACUUCCACCCCUUCCCCUUUCAAUACACUGGCAUUUCAGAUUGCCAGUGGCUGGGCCAGAAAGAGGUACCAUACUCGCCUGUCACCCACUACCUUACAGACAGUUCAACGGCUUCUCAACCCUCAGUCUUCCCCCCACACAACACCAACACACCCCACCCCCCCUCACCAGACUACUACCCCCACUCCUAGGGACCCCCCCACACCCACUCACUCUUCUGACCCCUCUUUUCUCACUGAAUUCCCUCCUCUUCCUGCACCCACUAGGGCCCCUACUCCCCCUCCUAAACAGGACUUGGGAGUUAUGCCACAUCCCACACUUACACUUACCACCCCAUCCAUCCCUUCACUCUCCACUUCCAUUGACUUACAGCAGGUCACUUUUACCAUCAACACACCUGACCUGACAGAUACACUCUCAGAUACUGAUGACCAUCAACACCCACCCAACACCACACACACCACUCAGAACGCACAACACCGCACCAAAAAUCCCCCCACUACUCCCACACCCAUAGACACUUCUCCCAUUGACACUCUCCCGGUCUCCCCUACCCUUACACCACCCAAAAACAGACCCACCAUACAGGUUACAGCCCUUGUCACUCACACUUAUAACAGUCAGCCCACAAUCACCCAACGCCCUAACACGGCCACCACUAACACCACCCAGGCUAACCACCUCAUAACACAUUUGGUUCCACAGGAUAUAACACCAUGUCUCUCUCCACCAGGUUCCACCCAAGUGGGAGGGGUAGACCCAGGACAGUCCAAACCAUCAAGGGUGAUGAUGAGCAAGGGAAACAAAAAAGCUAACCAGCUUACAAAACCCAAUGCUGAGCCCUCCACCUCCACAGGUGUAGAACUGUCUGGGGCUCCUACUCCCUCCCCCCUACCUCUACACAAACCCUCACCUACACCACACUCUACACAACCCCUGUCCCCUAGGCCCCCUCUUCUUCGGACUCCUACAGUCCCACUUCUCUCUCUCCCCCUCUUCUCUCCUACUUAUCACAAAUGGUCCAACAAUAGACUUCAGGAGUGGCACAUCAGACCUAACAAACCCAUAUUAUUCAUAGGCGAUUCCAAUCUGGCCCGUAUUCCCCCUCAUCCAUAUCCCAACAUACAGAUAGACAGCUACCCAGGUGCCACAGCCAACCACAUGAACCGUUUACUGGAGAAAACUUCCCCACAAGAAGCCGUUGAGCUGUUAGUCCUGUCGGUGGGUACUAACAACAGAGAGCACAAUGCUAAGGCCACCACCAACAAACAACUUCACAAAAUGUUUAAGUUGGCCACCAAAGUUUUCCCCAACGCCAACAUUUAUGUCCCGGUCAUCAACUUUUCCCCCUCUAUUCACCCACACUACAAGUACAAUCUCACCGAGAUUAACCGCUACAUCACCACCCACCUCCCCCACCUCCAACCACUUCCAGCAGAUCAAUUUUCCACCACACUUGAUCACAUCCACUGGACCCCAGAAGUAGCUUCCAAAAUCCUCCACUUCUGGUGCUCACAACUAAAUUUAACGUUUCACAGACCCUAA